AUCGGUUCGGUUCAGAAAAUCACAUUUAUGUUAGUUGCUUGUUGCUUUCAUCUAAUUAUCCCAUUUUUUAUAAGCGAAAAAUUAGUGUUCUUAACAUAAAGCGCAAUAAGCAACUGACGUCAUAGUGAUAGCAGGUGUAAAUCGUUUUAACCGUGCUAAAAAUAAAUUCAUACGUGGCACAUAUUCCUUAUCAAACUAAUGUUUUUAGAGUGAAGGAAAAGUUUGUGUGCUACCCUUGUAGCUUUUCGUGUCUUCCAAUAGUUUCUGGAGGGUUUCGUACAAAUUGACACACCUCGCUUUUUAGUUACACAUACAAACAUAUUCAUAUAUAAUAUAAUACAAAAGCAGAUGCGUAUAACCUACAUCACCCUUCAAAGUACGGAGCGGUGACUCGUUGUUUUCUGUUGUGAAACCCUGAUCAACAAGCAUGUGGAUUUGGGAAUACUUUAUUAAAUGGCGAAGACGUGAAAAACGUUUAAAGGCGCUCAGUGAGCCAAUUGUUCAAUUUGGAACGGGUGCGUCUGCAUUCUGUGCUUUGUAUUUGAUUUUCGGCUAUGGUGCUCAGCUGCUGUGCAAUACAAUUGGCGUUGCCUAUCCUGCCUACAUUUCAAUACAUGCCAUUGAGUCGAGUACAAAAUUGGACGAUACCAGAUGGUUAAUUUACUGGGUGACAUACGCCAUGUUAUCACUGAUUGAAUACUUUUCCGGUUUUCUGACCUCUGUCAUACCUUUUUACUGGCUACUUAAGUGCGCAUUUCUCAUCUGGUGCAUGCUGCCAAUUGAAAAGAACGGCUCCUACGUCAUCUAUCAAAGCGUCGUACGCCCAUAUUUUCUGAAGCAUCACCGAGCUGCUGAUGAAUUUAUUGAUAAGAUGGCUUCUAAAGCCAAGGAGUCCAUCACCAGCAUCACCAAACAAGAAUAAAUUACGAUAAUAUGUGUUUUAAAUUACGCCUUAUUUUGAAAUAAUUGCUUGUCUUCAAAGCAGAAAGGAUCAGAAAACAACAACAACAAUCUGUGGAACGAACAAAAUCACCAAGUAAACAAAAAGACACGAAUAACUGAACAGAGGCAAAGAAUGUUUUACACUUGAAAUCAUUAAUCAUAUGCGGUAUCGUCGUAUUUCUAGGGCUAAAUUUUUUAAAUUCACUAAAAAGAAAUUAGAAUUUUAAAUUAAAUAUUUAUUCUCGCACUUGGCCUUCUUCUUUUGUAAAUGCGUCAUACACUAGCAGCAAACGUAUGAAGAAAAAAAAACGUAGAUUACAUUUUUCUAAUUAAAGUAAAAAUCCUACUCGUGUGGAAAGUAAUGAAAAAAUAUGGAUGGUCAUAAAGGUGUUGGAUGGGUUAUAUUUGCACUUAAGCGGGGAAAUCUAAGAAGUUUAGUUGUUGCUUUUAAAAUUGUAUUGUAUUAUCAGCUUAAAUUUUUAUUGUAACGAAAAAAAUUAGUGGAAGUAAAUACUUUUUGGCUUUAAUGCUUGAAAAAAUAAAAACAUACCUACAAAUCUAAA